AGAGCUGCUGCAGUCUGUGUUCCCGCUCUCUCUCUAUUUUUCUCUCUCACACCCUCUCCUCCUCCCUCCCUCCCUCCCUCUCUCCUUCCUCAGCUCUGGUUGUGUAUCAGUAGUGGCUGUGGAGGCGUCAGUGUGGUGGCAGACAGAGUCAGAGUAAAGAUGUCGGCUCUGCAGGCAUCCUCCUCACGCCGACAGUCGUGUUAUCUGUGCGACCUUCCUCGAAUGCCCUGGGCUAUGAUCUGGGACUUUAGCGAGCCUGUGUGUCGGGGCUGCGUCAACUAUGAGGGAGCGGAUCAGAUUGAGUUUGUAAUCGAGACGACCCGUCAUCUUAAGCGGGCUCAUGGUAUCCAGGAGGGUAGGUCCUCAGCCUGUGGACUGCAGCCAGUGACACAGGCGAAGAAUCUGUCGAUGAAGGAGAUCCACCUCCACCAGCAGGUGGAUGUACCAGGGAAGUCUCAGCAGUCAGGCUCAGAGCGAUACCCACUUGAGGUAGACAGGCGGACGAGGUUUGACUACAAUGGACCCAGCAGCAGUAGCCGGCACCCUAAUGGACUUGGAGGACCGAAUGGCUUUAAACAGGAUAGUGGACCACCAGAACUGAACCACCACAGUCUGAGCUUAAAGAGUGGCAGCCAUGGUGGACAGGUGUCGUCAACAGGAGCCAUUCAUGUUCCCCCAAACCUGCUGCCCCAGGCACUGCUGAAUCGAGCUGUGCCACAGGACUCCCUGGUUCUGUCUGAGACUGGAGGAAAGCGACCAGCUUCUGUCUCCAGCAUGGACCAGGAACGGGAAAUAAAGGAAAAGCAGCGGAAUGCGGAAGCUUUAGUAGAGUUGAGCGAAAGCCUCAGAAACAGGCAGGAGGAGUGGAGCAGCAAACCUAAGAUAGUGCGGGACACAUUGGUGACUUUGUCCAGCUGCACUCCCUUCGACGUUCGCUUUAAAAAAGACCAUUGUCUGGUGGGACGAGUGUUUGCCUUCGACGCCGUAUCUAAACCUGGGCCAGACUAUGAGCUAAAGAUCUUCAUAGAGUAUCCUAGUGGCUCUGGGAACGUGUUCUCCAGCGCCUCUGGGGUGGCCAAGCAGAUGUACCAUGACUGCAUGAAGGACUUUGGCCGUGGUUUGUCUUCUGGGUUCAAGUACCUGGAGUACGAGAAGACACACGGCUCCGGAGAUUGGUAUCUGCUUGGAGAUUUGUUGCCAGAGUCUCUACGGUUGUUUAAGGAGGGUUUGGGUGGAGACAUGCUUCCACAGUCACACAUUGACGACAAUUUUCCACUUCUGCCCACCUCCCUUGUUCCGUCUGGACCUGUUUUGGCUUCGGGGAGUGGAAACGGCAUGUCUCGGACUGCAGGAAGGAAGAGGAGGGCAUCUCCAGAACUAGACUCGGAGGGUAGCCUGAAGCUCGGGGAGGAACAGCCAAGGCAGCAGUGGAUCAACAGCCAGACUGAAGCAGUUAAGCUCUCCAUGGCUGCUGGUUCUUUCACUGGAUCUGCUGCCAGUCACGGUCAUGCCACACCUCCAGAGCCUGCAGCCGCUUCUCAGAAUGGAUCGAUGGUGGCACUCAUGACUGCUGCAGAAACACUCCGAAACGCGCACUCUCCCAACAAGGACAGAGACUCCGUGCACUCCUCGUCUUCCAGGCACACCAGCAACAGCCCACUGUCUCCUGCUGCUGUGGCCAGACAGAGACACCCAUCCUCCCAAAGUGGAGACCAGUCUUCAGGUGCAGUGGACCAAGAGCAACAUGGUUCGCCUGUUGCCAGCAGCGGUCCUCUGUGCUGCACCAUUUGCCACGAACGACUUGAGGACACACACUUCGUCCAGUGUCCCUCUGUCCACGUCCACAAGUUCUGCUUCCCCUGCUCUAGAGAGAGCAUCAAAGCCCAAGGAGCUGCCGCUGAGGUCUACUGCCCCAGCGGGGACAAAUGCCCCCUGCUGGGCUCCAACGUGCCCUGGGCCUUCAUGCAGGGAGAGAUCGCCACCAUUCUGGCUGGAGACGUAAAGGUGAAAAAGGAAAGAGACCCUUGAGGAUGAGGAGGAUGAAGAUAAUAGUGUGGUUUAAAUAUGAAGACAAACACAGCUGCUGAGCCUCAGACACAGGAGUGAUGGACCUGAGUUGAAAACCAGUGAAGACACGGAUCUGUAGUUUUUCAGCGUUUCAAAAGCUCUGAAAGCUUCCAAAUUCAAUGAUUACAUUUAAAAUGGUGUAUAAAUGUUAGCCCAAACGUCAGUGCGUUUUAGAAUGUCCUGUGCACAAGUGAAUGAUCAGUGCUAUAAUUAGCAGUGGAAUUAAGUUGUUCAUUUAUCUGAUUAUUUUUUUCCAGUCAUUAAGUCCAUAAAAUGUCAGUAUAAUGUAUGAAAUUAAAUUACUUAUAUUUUUAAAAUAAAAAAAAAAAUUUCAACAUUAGGGCAGGUCACACAGCCGGUCCCAUUCUUUUACUUCGGAUUUGGAAAAGCACAUUAUUGUGAAAUUCGUUUAUUUAUCAAAGAAGUCGUCGUUAUACAAAUGAUAUCAAAAUUCAUGAUCGAAGUGUGUGUCUGAGGCUGAGCAGCCACAGUGAACACCUCCCUGAGUGGAACAGGAGUGGGUGUGACAGUGUGAUAAAGGCAGAGGUGAAACAUUACUACACUGUCCAUUGAUUUUUAUAAAAUUCUGUGAGUAAAAUAACUUUUUACUUUUUUACAGCUGCUAUUUAUUUGUAUGUAUUAUGUGAUAUGUAAAAAAAAUAUAUUUGUCUG